UUCGUUCGAAGAAGUAAUAUCAAUGCGCUGUUCCAUUAUAUUCAUAUUAUUGGAUAUAACCUUUGGGAGAUCCCUGUCUAAAACAUCACAGAAUGAGGUGGAAUACCAAGAUGAGCAAUCUCAGUGCGGUGGACCUAGAUCUAGAGAAUAUCUAUCAGAUUGCCAAAACUGGAUCUCAUUUGGACUGAGUAUCGGGUAUAAAUGUACAAAGAGCCGAGCCUCUAACUGCGACACACAACUUUCCUGCUGUUUUUAUAUUGAGUUGAGGUCCAUUUUGUUAUAUUUUUUGUGUAGCCUUUGGGAGAUCUCUGUCCCUUCUUUGAUGUGAUUUUUAGUAGCCAACUUAAUACUCACUUAUUUCCAUUUCAUCAUCGCUGAAUUGUUCAUCGUAGAGAAUAUAAAUUAGCUGCAUUUUAGAUUGCGUUGAGAGAAGUACUAGUAAUGCGGUGUUCCAUUGUUUUCAUAUUAUUUGCGAUACCCUUUGGGGGUUCCGUGUCACAGCAUUGUGAGGUGAGUGAAUCUCAACACGAGUGCGGAGGAUACUGUUACGGAGCUGUGAAACCGGUCCUGGAGUACCUAGCCAUCUUGCAAAAGCGAGUGGAGAACUGCGAGGCCAAACAACCCGCAGAUACUCUAUCGAAAAUCGGGCGAAUUGAUGAAAAGCUAGAGGCAGAUGGCGAUCCAGCAGGAGUUGGAUUAAAGCUCUCAGUCCAAAGUUCACAAAUUGGAGCAACAGCUGGAUUCCGUUCGGAAAGAAAUAGAAAAAACAAAACCCAAAAAUAAAUCAUAUUUACAUCUUUUCAAAAAAAUUGGUUCCAAAUACUAUUACAUAGAAAAUGAAAUUAAAACGAACUGGAUCGAUGCAUUGCUUAAAUGCUGUAAGAUGGGAGCUCAUUUGGCGAGUCUACAA